GUCUGGCUGAAGCGCGCCUCACACUCCGGGGCUGCGGGAUAUCUGUUUGUUGUGUUUGAGUUUUUGUUGUUGUGAACUCGACUCUUUUUUUUCCUCCGGUGGUCGUGGCCCCCCAAACUCCGGCACCCUGAAGUAUCUAACCGUCUUUCUCGGGGCAGGGAUGCUUGCAAUUCUGGGUGCAGUGAUCUGCAUCAUUGCAAGCAUCGCCCCCGGUAGCUCUCCGGGAGCUGUCCCUGGUGCUGAAAAUGAAGCCGGGGCGCUGCUAGCAAACCAGGGCGGUGGUGGAGCUGUCCAAGGUGCUGAAAAUGAAGCCGGCUCGCUGCUCGCUAACCAGGGAGCUGUCCACGGUCCUGAAACUAUCCAGGGUGCUGAAACUGGCCAAGGCGGCGCUCCAGCACCCACCUCAAGCCGAGCCACCGCCUCUGGCUUGGGCCACGGCUCCGACUCGCUGGUCGGCACCGCCAGCCGCUUCCUCUGCCUGCCUUUAUCCCAGGACUGCCCGUCCCCGUCCGCCAGAGAGGACCUGCUGCUGCUGAGGGGCACGGCGGCGCAGCUCCGCCAGAUGGUCAGCCAGCAGGGCAGGCAGAUCGCCAGCGACCAGCGCACCAUCAGGGAGCUGACCGGCAAGCUCAGCCAGUGCGAGGGAGGGCAGGAGCUGGGCUUCUUCCAGAACCACCCCGAGGAGUACGCGUGGGACCUGGGCAGGAAUAGUGUGGAGGAGGGAGCCGAGGAGCCGGAGACGGAGUCGGAGCAGGCAGUGCUGGAUCUGGAGCGGACCAUCCACUCCCUGAAGAACAGUAUCAAACACCUGGAGGGGGAGUUGGUGUCUCGUGGCAAUGCCUCCUCGGUCACACUGUCGGGAGUGCCCCAGGGUCACUUCUACCUGAAGAUUGAUGAGCUGGAGGGACAACUGCUGUCCAAGCUGUCUGAGUUGGAGAGAGAGCGUGCCUUACUGCAGAACAAGAACGACCGCCAGAGACAUCGCGUGGAGGAGCAGCUUGAAGCUCUUCAGCAGCGCAUCGACCAUCUGGAGAAAGAAACGGCUGCCUAUAAGUUGCAGGAAAGCUAUAAAAUCUCACUGCCGGCACGGACGAACUACAUGUACGCCCGGAUGAAGAGGAGCCUGCCAGAACUGUACACGCUGACUGUCUGUGUGUGGCUCAAGUCUAAGACCACUGCUGGCGUUGGGACCCCCUUCUCCUAUGCUGUGCCUGGACAAGCAAAUGAGAUUGUCUUUCUGGAGUUGGGGCGGAAACCAGCCGAACUACUGAUCAACGACAAAGUUGCUCGGCUGCCCUUGAGGAUCAACGACGGGCAGUGGCAUCAUGUGGGUAUUACCUGGACCACCAGGGAUGGUGAGUGGGAGGCUUACCAGGAUGGCACGAGGCAGGGGUCAGGAGACAACCUGGCACCUUGGCACCCGAUCAAACCAGGUGGGACCCUGGUCCUUGGCCAAGAGCAGGACACAGCGGGGGGGAGGUACGAUGCCGCUCAGGCCUUCGUAGGCGAGCUGGCCGACUUCAACCUGUGGGACCGGAUCCUGACAGCGGCCGAGAUCCGGAGCAUCGCCAACUGUUCCUCCGUGGCGGUGGGCAACGUCCUGUCGUGGGAGGGCGGCGGCGUCGACCUGUUCGGCGGCGCGAGCAAGUGGCCUUUCCAGAGGUGCGGAACGAGUACUGUCUCCAAGGAGGACUAGAGUCAUCCGGUCUCCCCCGCCCAUCCCCGGCCUGGCCUUGGCCGGGCUGGAUGUGGCCCAGACUGGCUUCGGCACCCCUCACUGUGUCUCCAUCGUGGCCCGGGUGCCUCUCCAAAGUCGUGCUUCUCCAAAGCCAGCACUCUGACACAGGCACCCCUCUCU